UUGGUUUUCAGAAAGUGUUUGCUGUAUAGGACAAUGGCGAGAACUCGUUCCCUCUUGUCGAUAGCGUUGUUGCUCGUCCUGAGCUGUUGUAUGUAUCUGCGGAACUCAUUAAUAGGCACAGUAGCAGCACAAACCAACAUCAGCACAGACCAAGCUGCUCUUCUUGCUUUCAAAGCCCAUAUAACUAGUGACCCCCGAAACAUAUUGACCACCAACUGGUCUACCACGAAUUCCAAUAUCUGCAACUGGGUUGGCAUUACUUGCGGUGUAAGCCACCUUAGAGUCACAACCGUGAAUCUGUCUUACAUGGGUCUCAGAGGCUCUAUUCCUCCUCACCUAGGCAACCUCUCAUUUCUUGUUCAGCUGGAAUUCAGAAACAACAGUUUCCAUGGUACCUUGCCACCAGAAUUGUCUCGUCUACGGAGGUUGAAGUUGAUUAGGUUCAGCUUUAACGACUUUAUAGGAACAAUUCCAUCAUGGUUCGGGCUCUUAUCUGAACUUCAAACCUUCGAUUUGUAUGGUAAUCAAUUUUCAGGUUUCAUACCGAAUGCCAUCUUCAACUUAUCUGCACUGCAAGUACUUGAUCUAAGAAACAACCAGCUAUCUGGUAGCAUACCAAGAGAUGUCGGGAAGUUAAAAAUGUUGAAGGAGAUAUCACUUGGAGACAACGAUUUCACAGGUAGAAUACCAAGAGAAAUCGGGAACUUAACCAUGCUGAAGAAUAUAUACCUUGACUUUAACAUGUUCGAAGAAAUUCCAAACUUGAUUGGUAGUAAAGAUCAGGUGGAGAAGUUGUACGUGCAGGCUAAUGCCCUAAAAGGACCUGUUCCUUUGGCUGUCUUCAACAUGUCUUCUUUGAAAAUUUUGGCUCUAACAGCAAACUACUUGACUGGUAGCAUUCCGGACGAUUUAUGUCAGCAUCUUCCAAGUAUCCAGAUCUUGAGUUUGGCUCGCAACAAACUUGAUGGUCCACUUCCAUCCAAAUUAUGGCAAUGCAAAGAGCUUCUCCAGUUCUCUUUAGACUAUAACAACUUCAGUGGAAGCAUACCAAAAAGCAUCGGGAACUCUACCCAGUUAGAAAGGAUUGGCAUUAGCUACAACAACUUGACAGGUACCAUACCAGAUGAGAUUGGUCAUCUUAAAAAUUUACACAGAUUGUCACUGCAUGUUAAUAAUCUCCAUGGCCCCAUCCCAUCCACAAUAUUCAAUAUGUCCAAGAUCACAACUAUUUCUCUUCCUGAAAAUCAACUCUCAGGCAACCUUCCUGCAUACAUAGGUCUUGGGGUCCCAGACCUACAAAUGUUUUAUGUAGGUGGCAAUCAACUCACUGGAGCAUUUCCCAACUUUAUGUCCAAUGGUUCUAAGCUCACAAGUCUAGAUAUGUCCAAGAACUCAUUUUAUGGGUUUAUUCCAACCAAGCUCUGUCUCUUGAAAACCCUUGAGUAUCUUAGCUUAGGCACAAAUAAUUUGGCGAUUGAUACUUCAACUCCAGAAGUAAACAUCCCUUCUUGUUUUGCUAAUCUCACAAAUCUUCGGGGAUUCCAUUUAUCAAAUAAUCCAUUAAACACCACUCUUCCGGUUUCCUUUGGAAGUAUCUCUACAUUGCUUGAACAUCUUGAUAUAAGCAAUUGCAACUUGAGGGGUAACAUUCCAAGCGAUAUUGGAAACUUAAGCAACCUGAGAGUCUUGGACUUGGGAGACAAUGAAUUCGGUGGGUCAAUUCCAACUUCUGUGGGAAGAUUAGGGAAGCUUCAAGGUUUGUAUUUGAAUGAUAACAAGUUGCAAGGAUACAUCCCAUAUGAACUUUGUCAACUCGACAAUGUGGCUGAACUACUUUUGGGUGGUAAUCAACUCUCUGGUUCUAUACCUUCCUGCUUAGGUAAUUUAGCCAAAAGAUUUAGAGUUCUAUCCUUGCAGUCCAAUUUCUUAUCUUCCACAAUACCAUCUACCUUGUGGGAACUGACAGAUAUCUUGUACCUAAACUUGUCAUUUAAUUCUCUAUUUGGACCUCUCUCAGAAGAUAUUGGAAAAUUGAAAGUUGUGACAAUUGUUGAUUUGUCAAACAACAAUUUAUCUGGUAUUCUACCAAGUAGCAUUGGCCAACUUCAGAAUUUGCUUAAACUUUCACUGUCAACUAAUGGUAUAGAAGGCCCCAUUCCCAUUACACUUGGAAAGAUGACAAGCCUAGAACAGUUGGAUUUAUCCAAAAACAAUCUCUCCGGAGUGAUUCCAAAGUCUCUAGAAGCACUCUCUCAUCUCAAGAAUCUAAAUUUGUCUUCCAACAGACUGCAAGGUGAAAUUCCAACAGGUGGACCUUUCCAAAACUUCUCUGCCCAGUCAUUUGUUUCAAAUGCUUUACUCUGUGGUGUCCCCCGCUUGCAAGUUCCACUCUGCAAAAGUCGUACAGACCGCAAACCACAUUCAAAGAAAGCUGGUACAUCUACCUUGAAAUAUAUUAUUCCAGGAUUCAUUUCAGCAAUAAUCCUAGUGGCAAUUGCUUUAAUGUUGAUACGACGUAGGAAAAAGAAUGUGCAAGUUGUAACAAGUACUACCUGGUCACCUGAAUUUUUUUGGAGAAGCAUUUCACGCUUAGAACUUGUAAGGGCGACAAAUGGAUUUCAUGAAAGCAACUUACUUGGCGCUGGGGGUUUUGGUUCGGUAUAUAGAGGUACACUUUCAGAUGGGAUACAUGUUGCAGUAAAGGUUUUCAAUUUACAGGUGGAAGGGGCUUUCAAGAGUUAUGAAAGGGAAUGUGAAAUGCUAAGCAAUAUUCGCCACCGAAAUCUUAUCAAAAUCAUUAGCUGUUGCAGUCAAAUUGAUUUCAAAGCCAUGAUACUAAACUACAUGCCUAAUGGGAGCCUCGAGAAGUGGUUGUAUUCUCAAAACUCAUCUUUGAAUAUCUUACAGAGGUUGAACAUAAUGAUAGAUGUUGCAUUGGCAUUGGAAUACCUACAUGGUUAUUCAAUACCUGUUGUCCAUUGUGACGUGAAGCCAAGCAAUAUACUCCUAGAUGAAGAUAUGGUUGCACAUGUUGCUGAUUUUGGCAUUGCAAAGCUAGGUGGAGGAGAUUAUGUUACCCAUACCAUGACCCUAGCCACAAUUGGAUAUAUGGCACCAGAGUAUGGAACAGAAGGAAUUGUUUCGACAAGAGGGGACGUGUACAGUUUCGGUAUUGUACUCAUGGAGACAUUUACAAAAAGAAAACCAACAGAUGAGAUGUUUGUUGAGGAAAUGAGUUUAAAGCAAUGGGUUUCAAAUUCACUAUUAUCAGAUGCAUUAUCUACAGUUGUGGAUGCUAAUUUGCUUGGGAUGCAUCAAGAAGAUCAUGACUUUGAGACCUGUAAUGAUUGUUUAUCAUCCAUAAUGAGAUUAUCCCUUGCUUGUGCGGCCGAAUCACCGGAAGAGAGGAUAAACAUGCUAGAAGCUGUAUCCACACUCAAGAAAAUCAAGAUGAAGAUUCUGGAGAACGCUGCCAGAGGUGUGCGUUUAAAUCUUCCAGUGCUUCCUGUCUAGGUUGGAUAAAUUGUAUCAUUCUCUCCAAUAGAACAUACUAGUUUUCGUUUCUGUAAAUUUUAAAUGGAAAUGAGUUUGGUGUAUUCGUUGAGUAUUUUGUUCAUGGAACAAUGGUUGUGAUUUAAUCAAAAUUGUUCUUGUAUCAUUA